CCCCCGGUCCCGCCCGCCAUGCCCGGCCCGGCCGCGGGCAGCAGGGCCCGGGUCUACGCCGAGGUGAACAGCCUGAGGAGCCGCGAGUACUGGGACUAUGAGGCUCACGUCCCGAGCUGGGGUAAUCAAGAUGAUUACCAGCUGGUUCGAAAACUCGGUCGGGGAAAGUAUAGUGAAGUAUUUGAGGCCAUUAACAUCACCAACAAUGAGAGAGUGGUUGUAAAAAUUCUCAAGCCAGUGAAGAAAAAGAAGAUAAAACGAGAGGUUAAGAUUCUGGAGAACCUUCGUGGUGGAACAAAUAUCAUUAAGCUGAUUGACACUGUGAAGGACCCUGUGUCAAAGACACCAGCUUUGGUAUUUGAAUAUAUCAAUAAUACAGAUUUUAAGCAACUCUACCAGAUCCUGACAGACUUUGAUAUCCGGUUUUAUAUGUAUGAACUACUUAAAGCUCUGGAUUACUGCCACAGCAAGGGAAUCAUGCACAGGGAUGUGAAACCUCACAAUGUCAUGAUAGAUCACCAACAGAAAAAGCUGCGACUGAUAGACUGGGGUCUGGCGGAAUUCUAUCAUCCUGCCCAGGAGUACAAUGUCCGCGUAGCCUCCAGGUACUUCAAGGGACCAGAGCUCCUUGUGGACUAUCAGAUGUAUGAUUAUAGCCUGGAUAUGUGGAGUUUGGGCUGUAUGUUAGCGAGCAUGAUCUUUCGAAAGGAGCCCUUCUUUCAUGGACAGGAUAACUAUGACCAGCUUGUUCGCAUUGCCAAGGUUCUGGGUACAGAUGAGCUGUAUGGGUAUCUGAAGAAGUAUCACAUAGACCUAGAUCCACACUUCAACGAUAUCCUGGGACAACAUUCACGGAAACGCUGGGAAAAUUUUAUCCAUAGUGAGAACAGACACCUCGUCAGCCCUGAGGCCCUAGAUCUUCUGGACAAACUUCUGCGAUAUGACCAUCAACAGAGACUGACUGCCAAAGAGGCCAUGGAGCACCCAUACUUCUACCCCGUGGUGAAGGAGCAGUCCCAGCCUUGUGCAGAUAAUGCUGUACUUUCCAGUGGUCUCACGGCGGCCCGAUGAAGACUGGAAAGCGACGGAGGCAGUAGAAGCAGCGGAGAAGAGUCAGGUGACUUGACUACUGUCUCUCCUCUGGUCAUGAUGUAGUAGAUGCAAACACAGCUCACCUGCCUGUCCUUGGGUUUUGUGACUGCAGCUUGGCAAAGGAGUAAUUCUUCCAUUUUAUGUGUACAGUUUACUUUUCCACCACCUAUACUUUUUACCUCUCUUCAUGCCUUAGACAUAUAGCAUAACUGAGUUUAAAAUGCUCACUCCUUUCUGAGUCUGGUCUUGACACCCAACUUCUGGCUGACUGACUGUGGGUGGUUCUUUGCCAAACUGAACUGAGUCUCAUCCAGACCUUUCUUUCCUCUUUUACCUAUCUCCAGAACCAUUUUGUGUCCAGAUGGACCUAGCUCCCCUGAGAUUUUAGAGUAUUUACCUGGGUUAGGAGGCAGUCUUGGAGAGUUCCAAAAGAGGGAUGAGAGCGUGCGUGUGUGUGAGUGAGUCUAAUCUUACAUUUAGACAAAGCUGUGGUAGAUUUACCCACCCAAUAUCCUUUUCGGUUAGCAUAUUAUUUCUUAAAUUCAUCUCAGUAAUUUUCAUUAGACAUUUUGUUUGCUUCAUUACCUUGUAACAGGUUAAAAGUGCCUAUGAUAAGGACCUAUUAUUUCCUAAAGAAAAGCAAAAAAAUGUGGGGAACAGGGUAGUGUUACACUGUCAUCUCAGGUACUGCCUGUGUUCAAGAACAUAGACCCGGUAUGGUGAGAACGGAAGGUUCCCGUGCCAAAUACAGAUCGGUGUAUCAGAGGUUGUUGGCCACAGGUGAGCAUAACUGCAAGGUUUUGCUUCAGCUGAGAAAUCCCAUGGCGAGAGCAGAACUGAUGAAGUGCAAAUACUUUCAUCAGGUUUGCUUGCAGUUCACUCUCCCCGUGAUCCUAUCAGCUGGCCUGCCCCUGUCCUAUCCUAGCCCCGUGGUAAGUGACCAGGUGGGAGCAACCAAUGAGUGUAUAAUGCAGACCAAGCAUUCCCGGGUCAUCUUACCACUUAGAGGAGUGCCAGAGCCAGUUCUGUGAGGCACGUGAACCUCAGUCACUCUGCUGGGUCUCCUCACAGGCAUUCUCCAGCACGUUGGUACUCACGAGGCUCAAAGCAUAUGUAUUCCCGUGCAGAGAAGGAAGGUGCUCUCCAACUGAUUGAUUAGAGGAGACGGAAGAGCUUAUAAUCCUUGGGGGCAGGGAGAGAGGACAGGAGAGGGGGCUGUUAAAAGAAGAAAGGGAAUCAGUAAAAACAGUUGAAAGGUAGAUCUUGAGGUGGCGGGGCAUGACUUCUUGAGGGAAGAAAGCAAGGGAGCACAAAGUUCAAGUUCUGGAACGUGCCCUGAGUUCUGGAACGCCCCCAGGAUUGGUUCCAGUGGGACUGCAAGGUGGUGCUCUUGAGGCAGAUGCUGAGUCCCAGAGAGAGCCAGCCCAUGGCUGUGGGUCUCAGUCUGCGUCUACUCAGGGAAAUGACUUAGCCUCUCCCAGGUGCUGCUUUGAUGAGGAUGGAAGCAAAAUUAUUUUGGGACACAAACAAUCAGAAGAAUUUUUAUAUAUGCAUUGAAAUGGAUCUGAGAGAGCCCCGUUGACAGUCUCCUUUAAUGCCAGUUCAGAUUAAUGAUUCGUUUAGGAAUCUGUGUUACUGCAUGAGCACUCACAGGAAAAAGCAAUCUUCCCUCCUACAAAUUAACAGGAGUGGAUAGUAACUGAUCAGAGUCAAGGCCAUUGAGAUAUAAACCCGAAAGCAAAAGCAGGGUCCAUAUGAGCACACAAGAAGCCAAAGUUUGUCAGUGAGCUUAAUAAAUCUAAGACUGAGUGACAUCUUGCCAUUAAAACUAACCCCGAGGUAGGGAUGAGGGGAGGGGAGGUGGCGAGGAAACAUCUGGCUUAAGGAAACCAGUAAUAACAUAUGCUUUGGAGCUACGUGAAUGUGUCAGUGAAAAUGACCCCAACCAGGUAUUGUAGAGGCGGGGGGAAGUGAUGUUAUGGGAUUAUACAGGUGAUGCAUACUUUUGUGUAGAGAAUCAACAAUGUGCUACAAAUGUGAUACUUAAUCCUGAACUGCAUGUAUUGGGGAUUGUUUUUUUUUUUUUUUUUAAUUCAUUGAAUCAAUAAAUUAACAGUUUUUCACUUGC